AUGCAACCAUUCUUGAAUCUCUUUGUUGAGAAUUACAUCCAAUCAAUGCAACCAUUCACCUGGCGGAUCCAACAAUUUCAACAAGCCAACAAGAAAUUUCAAGUGAAUCUCAAGCAGCAAAAGCAAGCUGUGAUCCCAUCACAAAGUAACACUGAAGCCUCGACAAGCAAUGCGAACAAUGUGAACAAUUCUCAAAUUCCGAAUCCGCUUGUCGCUUCAGCUUUGGGUUUACCGUCACAGGGAAUCGAGAAUUCGUGCGCGAUUUGUGGAGCAUCGUUUAGACUGACAACUGAUUUGGUUGCUCAUAUGCGCUCAAAUCAUCGAAUGUGUCGAUUCAAGCGGAAAAACGAGAAAUUG